UUUUCUUUUUUUUUUUUUAAAUUAAAAAAAAUCGCGAAAAUAAGAAAGAAAAGUUGGAAAGUAAGAGUCGAGAUUAGGUGGGUGCAAAAGAAGGGCUCAUUACGUAAAUCGCAAUCCAGACAGAACAAAAGGCCACUUACAAAACACUUGCACACACAACUCAAAAGGGGCAUUUGUUCCUUCACAAAAAACAAAGAAAAAGGUGAAAGAGGGGAUGGGAAUAGAGAAGUGGAUGUAUUUCUGGAAGGGUAGAGGAGGAGGAGGAGGAGGAGGAGAGGUUCUUACCAAAGCAGCAAUGUCGGAAGAGGAAGAGGAAGAGGAAGAGUGCUGCAGUGUGUGUCUGAUGAGGAUGGUGAAGGAGAAGAAGAGAGGAGGAGGAGGAGAGGAAGUAAAGACAUUGGGGUGUUCGCAUGUUUUCCACAGAAGCUGCGUGGAGAGAUGGUUCCAUGUCUGCGGAGUCUUCUCCUGUCCUUUGUGCCGCUUCUCUUCUUCCUCUGCCGUCAGCCACGACCUCCUCCUCCUCCCCGACGACCUCCUCCUCUGGUUCUCUUCCUUCCAUUUUUGAUCUCUCUCCCCCUCCUUGUCUUCUCAUUUGUCAUGCAUUGAAUCCAUUCUUCCUUUUCAAGGACAAAUACAUCAUAUGCCAUGUCAUGUGAUCUGAAACAUGUGUAAAAUGUAAGCUUUCACUUCAAACAUAUAAUUCCAUUCGCAAUAGCAAGCAACCGCACAAGUCAAAAGGGUUGCAUUAUUCAUUCUC